GUAGAACAACAAUAUCCAUGCCGCCCUCAGGGCCUCAAGACAUUCAAGAACGGGAUCGCCAACGACAAGCUCUUCAAUCUCGACUGUCGACCUCCCUCGAAGAAGAAGAAGAUCCUCUUGCCACUUACGUGCAGUUCGUCCAGUGGAUAAACAAGAACUACGCCGAUAAUGAUCCAAGCUCGGCCUUGCAGGAAGUUCUGAAGGAUGCCAUCGCGACGUUCAAAAAUGACAGCACAUACAAGAAUGAUCUUCGAUAUCUCAAACUAUGGAUACAAUAUGCACGCACUAUGGACUGUUCUGCUGCAGUUGUUGCAUAUGCGUCGUUGAUGAAGAAUCAAAUCGGAAUAUCGUAUUCGGUUUUGUACGAGGAAUAUGCUGAGUUGUUGGAGGCAGAGGGAAAAAUCUCAGAUGCUGAUCAUAUUUUUCGUUCUGGCAUUAAGCGGCAAGCUCGUCCUGUAGAGCGUCUUAAGUCUCGAUACCGAGGCUUCAGAGCCCGUAACGCUUCAGCGUCUUCAUCGUCUGCUAUAGCCUCUACCUCUUCUAGUACCCUAUCCCCCACCAUGACCGCUUCAACCGCUCAGUCGCGCUAUGCCUUGAUGCUCGCUCCACCCGCACCUGGAAAACGACCAGAAAAACUACGUUACAAUACCUCCCUUCUUUUUACUGAAGAAGGUAUGGAAUAUAGCGUUCAAGAGGCUCGGGCGCGAUCAAUGGGACUUCUUGGCAAAAAGUGGACUGCCUUACCGAUAAGCAGCAUCGUUUCCGCUUCGUCUUCCACCUCAUCUGUCCGGGUGACUUUUGAUGAUGACGGACGGAGGUCUCGCACCCAGGGAUAUGGAACGCUUCGAAAAAGCAUGAUGAAUGGGGAGCCUACGCUCACAAUCAAUACUAAGGAGGCUCUUGCGGAUGUUUUUGGAAUGUAUAAUUCUCCGGAGAAGACAAUGAAGCUUACAGGACCAGGCAGCAAACACGCUCCGUUGAGAAAGGUAGAGCCUAUGGCUUCUUUUUCGCAGAAGCAAGUGCAACCUCCCCUAGAGACUCAAGGUGGAGGUUCUAAACCCUCUAUCGACGAGAAUGCCGGUCGGCCCCGGAAGGAGAACAAACCAAAGUUUACUCCAUUCUUUGAUUCGAAGGAAAACGAAACAUUUCUAACGAGUAGGCCUGCCUCAGUGCUCACGGAGGCGCCAACUUUCUCGGCUCCCACUACUUUCUCGUCAGGCGGCUUCAAAAACAGGUCUACCUCCGAGCCUGACAUCAUCUUCUCUAAAGUCUUCACCCCUGCAAAUCCCAAACCAGCUUUACCUCCUCUCCGUGAGGCUUUCACAGAAGACCACGGGAGGGUGAAACCCAAGCCUAUCCCCACACACGAGCGCGCAAAAUCCUGUCAGGAUGUACUUUUACCCCCAUCGGAUGUUCGUCCGGCUACAUUCACUUUCAUUGACGAAAACAAUCAACGAACGCCGUUCAAGGUUUUUAGUCGGCCGCCCGAAGCAGAGAACUUUUUUACUCCCAAAACACCUGCUUCAACUUUCACACCGUUCGUAGAUUCUAAACCGACAUCCACCCCUUAUCGUGAUGAGCCUACGCCGACGUCAGCCGAGGAAAACGCUCAAGUUCCUCAUACUUCCCCUCCCAGUUCAGUACUAGAUACUUCUAUCGGAGCCGUCGAGACUGCUGAGGAAUUGGCAGCUAAAGGGGAGGCGGAGGAGAAUGGUUGCGACCACUUUCUACAAGACGGAUAUGUUCCAGAGGAGUAUGAGACACCUAUCGAAGAUCAUGAUGAUUCUGUCAAGUACCCAGACGGAGAAGGUUACCAAGGUGUCCCUCUGGGUGGACGGUUCGGACAGUUCAAUGUCAUGACGCCCAUUACGGAACGUACAUUGGAAUAUACCAGCACUCGUUCCGUAUUCACCAACACCCCUGGUGACCAUCUUCACGAGGAAUAUGACUUGCUAGACGGAGAACAGACAGACGAGGAUGAGAAUCAAUGGGAAAAAGUCCAGCCUUGGCAGCCGACGAAUCAUCCCAACCAUUUUGCUCGGGACGAGCUUCCCGCUCUAGAGGAAAAGACAAGAAAACUCAGUCUUGCAGAUGCAUUGACACUGUCAGCCAGUUUCCGCCCAUCUAAUCCGUGCAACCCAUUUGACCCUUCGAUUUUAUCCACUAUGCUGUCUCUCGUAUCGUCAGAUGAGGAUUAUCAUGAUCUUCGAGAUCAACAAUCAAACCUAUUGGACGACCUUCAGAAGUUUGCGAAGAAGGCAAGGAAGGCAAGUGGGGGUUCGCACGCAGGUGCGCUGGAUUUCUCUUCGUCAUUACCGGUGACAUUACACGGUCGGCGAUAUCGAGUUUUGGAUAAACUCGGUGAAGGAGGGUUUGGGGCUGUGUUCCAAGCAAAGAGUCUUGGAAUAUGCGAUGAGAAUGAGGACGAGGAUGACCUUGAAGACGAUGACGACGACCUCCAAGCUAUGAUUGCCCUCAAAGUUGUGCGACCCCGAAAUAUUUGGGAAUAUCAUGUGUUGCGACGAUUGCACUCGGUUCUUCCUCUUCCCUAUCGUCCAUCCGUCGUGCAACCUCAUGCCUUGUUUGCCUUUCGAGACGAGAGUUUCAUGGCAAUGGACUUCUGCUCGCAAGGCACAUUGCUUGGUGUCGUAACCAAGGCCAUUGUCGCUGGCGUCCACCAGCAGGGCGCGUGCUUAGAUGAGCUCCUGGUCGUCUUUUUCGCCAUCGAAUUAAUAAGAUUAUUGGAGGCCAUGCACCAGGAGGGAUUUAUUCAUGGUGAUCUUAAGAUCGACAAUUGUCUCUUGCGCUUGGAGGACGUUCCAGGGGGCGCGUCGGCUUGGUCAAGCCUCUAUCAGCCCUCAGGCGAAGGUGGCUGGAGUAGCAAAGGAAUCAAACUCAUUGAUUUCGGCCGCACUAUUGACACCAGGCUCUUCCCUUCCGGACAACAGUUCACCGCUGACUGGGCAACCGACGAACGAGAUUGCUUUGAGAUACGUGAGGACCGACCCUGGACAUAUCAGACGGACUAUUUUGGUCUUGCUGGAAUCGUCUACUGCCUUCUUUUUGGCAAGUAUUUCCAAAGCAAUUCCAUCACAGAUUCCGGAGGACGUUACAAGAUUGCAACUCCAUUCAAACGGUAUUGGCAAACGUAUAUCUGGAAUGAUUUUUUCGACUUGUUGUUGAAUCCUUGUCAGAUCAGGAAGGAUGGAAGUUUACCUCUGUGUUCAGAGCUGGAGUCGAUACGAGUGCAGAUGGAGAUGUGGCUACAGGCCAACUGCAAUCGCACUAGCAACACGCUGAAAGGUUUAUUAAAGAAGGUGGAGAUGGCAUGCUUACGUUAGAUAUUACCUAUAUUUGUCGUGUUUUGAUUUCGUCCCUUGUAAUGGUGUAAUAUAUCGGUACUUACAGCCAGGGGUGAGCUUGGUUAUGCAGACAGCAAGAUAGCAAUGAUAUUCCAGAAAUCCACAACAACGACGAUGAUGAUUUAGCGCUAGGUACACACCUCGAUCCCCAGAGAGCUGAUAUGGAUCUCAGGAAACAGAAUAAACUCAGAGCUCAGCCUGGACAUAUUCAUGAUGGCAUAUAAACACAUGGAACACAAUCCCAUUUCCAUCAUGCAUGUCCACCCAUCGGCACAGGCGCUGGACCUCCCUCGUACCCAUGAGGAGGCACAGUAGGCGGCGG